AGUUAACUCUGGAAUUAACCUGAAAGAUGGGCCCAAUGGUAGUUCUCUUUAAACUUGCGCUUCUAUGGCUUUUGGGUGGUUCGUCGGCAGAGCAAGGUCACAAAGACCCUGCAUUUGAUGUGAGCCGGCAUCUCGGGAGCAAAGGUCCAUACCCCUACCGGACUACAAUGAAAACACCACCACUUUCCGACCCGCCAAAAGGAUGUAGGUUUCAACAGGUGCAACUGAUUGCACGGCACGGUACACGAUAUCCCAGUGUCAAAGAGAUAUUGUCGUUUGAUAAACUGGUUCAAAUAUUUCAUCAGCACAGGGAUGAUGUUCGGGCUCCUUCAUGGUUGAAUGAUUGGGUCAAUCCAUUUAUUCCUGAAGACAACAAUAUCUUGGCCCUGAUUGGCGAAGAUGAGAUGUAUUGGUUGGGCAAACGAGCUGCAAAGCGGUACAAGGAGCUGUUUGGCUCAAAGCCGUACAGCCCACAUUUGUACAAAUUUCGCAGCUCAACAACAUCAAGGUAUACUUUCCAUUGUAUUUGCGUUCGGUAUGUCGAAUCUCAGCCAUUCGUGGCUCACUAGAACAGGGCAGAGUGGGAGUGCCUUUGCGGCUGGGUUUUUCGACGGGAAGGGACCGUCGGGUACCUGCAAGUACCAAUCUGUGUAUCAAUAUACAAUCCCUCAGGUUAUGGAUUAUGAACUUAUGCCAAAAUGGUCCUGUCCUCUUUGGUCAGAGGUGGUGGAAGAUCAUCCAUUCCUCUCAUCACAAUUAGAUGAAUGGACUGCUGAGCAUCUGCCCAAAAUGGUCUCCCGAUUACGAAAAGCAAUGACAAAACCCGGGCAUGAGGAAAUUCCUUUGACUUCUUCUCAUGUUAAGGCGAUAUAUCGGGCAUGCGCUUUUGAGGUUUCUGUGUUUUCGCGAAAUGACACUUGGUGCACUCUUUUGGAACCGGGCGAGAUCAUGCUGUUAGAGUAUUUGGAUGAUUUGAAGCACUACUGGGAUUUGGGAUAUGGGUUUGAUCUGAAUGCCAAAGUUGGAUGCGCUUUGGCGACCGAUGUAGCUAAAGAGUUGACUGAUGCUAUUGAAGGGCGAGGGCGAACACAAGGGAUAUUUAGAUUCGGCCACGCGGAAACGAACGUAUUCUUUAUGGCCGCUAUGGGGCUUUAUCGUGAUAAGGUCCCAUUAUACGCAAACUCAACAGAGCGCCUGUUGUACGACCGAGAAUUUCGAUUAAGUGAUUUAUCACCGUUUGCGGCCAACUACUUUAUUGAGCUCUACACAUGUGACGAUGGAACAUCAGAUUCACAAUCAAAAUCUGGCGGACCGACAACGAAGCACCUUGUGCGCUUUCUCAUGAACGAGAAAGAAGAGCUUCUACCUGGGUGUCCAUCCGUGUUCUGUCCAAUUGAUCUGUUUCAGCGAGCGCUUGGCGAAAAUGUUGGAUGUGAUUUUGCGGACAUGUGUGGGAUCAAGGGAUGUCCGCGCGAGGCCACGAGAAAGAAGGGGCUCGUUGAGGAGUUUGGAAAGAAGCCAGAGUUGAGAGAUUCAGUUUUGGUCAUGCAGCCCUGACGGGGAGGGAUAGCGGGGGAAAUAAAAGGUGACAUUUCACAGAUCAUGUGUCGACAUUCGUUCGUUUUCAUAUGGUAGUGAUAUAAUAUAUACAAAUUCCAAGAGCUUCCCAACUUCAACCCCCAAUCCAUCAAUA